UGUCAACAUUUGCGAAGCGUGGCUGUCUGCAUGACGAAGCAGCCUGUUAUUAUGUGCCUUUCUUCUGACUGGGAAAAGAUUUACCGUGCCGUUGUGUUGCGUUGGUGCUACCUGGGCUGGGGCGCUGCGACUGAAAUCCUUCUAGAAACCUGUGGCUUUACGAGGCAAAGGAACGGACCCAGAUUCAACGUGGAACAGGGCCAACACAUUCUAGAAAGCACCCAAUAAAUAUCGCUCUCCAAGAUGGCGGAAGGUCAAGACGACUCACCUUCGAACAAAUGGACUCUUACCGUCAAAACGCCGAAAGAAAAGAAAACAGUAGAAAUAGAGGGAACUGCGACUGUGAAAGAACUAAAGGAAUUAGUGGCACAGAAAUUCAGUGCUCAACCAGAACAACUAUGCCUUAUUUUUGCUGGCAAAAUUAUGAAGGAUCCUGACUCACUGAAGUCCCAUAACAUCAAAAAUGGUCUUACAGUGCAUCUUGUCAUCAAAAGUAGUCCACCAAGAGCGUCUGAAGGUAGCAGCAACACCUCUCCAUCUUACACACGAGAACUACCUCCAGUUGUUGUCUCUGAUUCAAGUGGAUUUGGACUCGCUAGUCAGCUGGGAGGCAUUCCAGGCCUAGAGGGACUUGGAAUGGGCUCUGCUAAUUUCAUGGAAAUGCAACAGAGGAUGCAGCGGGAGCUUACUGGCAACCCUGAACUAAUGAGGAAUCUAAUGGACAAUCCGGCUGUGACUCAACUAAUGUCUGACCCUAACAUAGUGAGAAGUUUAUUUGAGGCUAAUCCGCAAAUGAGAGAGUUAAUGGAGAGAAAUCCAGAAAUCUCUCACAUUAUGAAUAAUCCCCAGCUCUUACGGCAAACGUUAGAGCUUGCCCGUAAUCCAUCAAUGCUUCAAGAAUUAAUGAGAUCGCAUGAUCGAGCCAUGUCCAACCUUGAAUCCAUCCCAGGUGGCUACAAUGCCCUUCAAAGAAUGUACCGUGACAUUCAGGAGCCCAUGUUGUCGGCUGCUACAGACCCUCGCAAUCCAUUUGCAGGACUUGUCGAAAAUAACCCAGAUGGAACAAAUCCUCAGCAAGGCCAAGAAAAUAGGGAUCCGUUACCCAAUCCGUGGAGUCCCAGAGAUGCAGCCAACACCACUGGUGGGCCACGACCACCAAGGACUGGUCCAAGCGCCACAGGCACAGGACCUGCUCCAGCUGCAGGCACAGGAGGUGGACUGGGUGGACUAGGAGGACUAGGAGGACUAGGAGGACUAGGAGGACUCGGAACAGGGGCAGCAGGUGGAAACCUCCUUCAGACAAUGAUGCAGCAAAUGAUGGAGAAUCCCUCUGCCAUGCAGAAUUUUACAUCAGCCCCUUAUGUUCAAAGCAUGAUUGAAAGUAUGGAACAGGAUCCAGAUAUGGCUAUGCGACUUUUGAACAUGAACCCAGUUCUGUCUCGCAAUCCACAAUUACAAGACCAAGUGCGCCGCAUGCUACCCAAUUUUUUGCAACAAAUGCAGAACCCAGAGGUUCAAAAUAUUGCUUCCAAUCCUCAAGCUUUACAGGCUAUUAUGCAGAUAGAGCAAGGUUUGAACAGAUUGCGAGAAGUUGCCCCUUCACUUGUUAACAGCAUGGGACUGGGUGGUAUGCCUAGUCUUUCCUCAGUAAUUGAUCCAGCUUCUACAACUACUAGUGCCACUACUGGGACCGCAGCCAACGCUACCACAGGCGGGACUACCACUGGCACCACAGCUCCUACAAGCACUGACACAACAUCAACACCUGCUUCAGCUACCACCAAUACCACCUCAACCCCCAAUACUGGAUCAGCAGGAAAUAGGCAGGAAGAUGUACUGUCCCAAUUUUUGGCAAGAAUGUUUGCCGAUAUGUCAAGCCAAAAUCCAUCAUCAGUAAGCCCUAGUUUGCCACCUGAAGAAAGGUAUCGUUCGCAACUUGAGCAACUUACAAGCAUGGGAUUUGUUAACCGGGAUGCUAACUUGCAAGCGCUUAUUGCUACGUUUGGUGAUGUCAACGCAGCAGUUGAAAGACUUUUAGGAAACGGUCAACUGUCACAGAGCUAACAACUAAACCCAUGCAGCUUAUGUUAUGUCAUGACCUAGCCACUUGUUAUCUGCCAAGUAACAUUUGCGAUUGAAGAUUUUUUGUUUCAUUAUGGCAUUUUUAUUGGGUGGAUCUGGAGGCAAGUUUGUGGCCAGUUUUCUGUGAGCCUGUUUGGAUGUUGUGGUUUUGUCCUGAUGCAUUUUGAGCAAAUAAACUGAGUUAAUUUUUAUAUAAAUAUAUACAUGUAAAUGUUCAAAUACGUCUAUUACAAAUUUUAAGAUGUUGUAGUCUAAAUUUGUUUCAUCAUUUGUUAGUUGCAUUCAUGAUUGUCAUGUUUAAGUUUCUUUGCUAGUUGGUAAAGGACAUGUGUACAGGUUUAAAGAUAGUGACAUAUUUGUAUAAACCAUAUUUAGUGUUCAGGAGAUCCUAGGAUCAUGGGAUUUUCUAGACACUUGUCAGGUUUUGUGGUACUUUAUUUUACUGGUUUUUUUUUUCACACAGACCUCUCUUCAGCAUAUUUGAGGCUUUUCAUAGCGGCUCCUCAUUAUUCAUAAUUUUUAUGAGUGUGUCUGUGAACCUGUGGCUUAUUUUUGAUUGGUUUAAUACCCUCUACAAGUUAACCAAAAUUUAAUUUGACUCAUAGUUCAAACAUUUGUAGUUAGUUAGUUCCCCAAAUGUGACCCUAAUUGUUUCCUAGCACUAAUUUCCUUGUACCUUUGGUUUAAGUUUCGCCCUGACUUUUUUUCUCAUUUGUCCAAAUUUGGUACAAAAUAUUUGUACUUUGGCAUCACCUUUUUCAUCACUUACCUGCAUUUUGAUUUAUCCUAUUGCAGAUAAUAUGUGUAGUAGGUAAUGUUAGUGUACAUUUGUACAAUGUUUUUAUCGAACUCCCACAUAGUUCUUAUGUAAGGUUUUUCUUAUGUAAGAAUUUGCUUUUUAUUGCAACUUCAAGUAAUAUAAAGCAUCAGGCACACACAUUCCAAGUAUGACAAUUUUGUUCAACUUCAAGAUAUGGUUAGUGAAUUGGGAAAGGCUGUAAACAUGCUAGUUGCAACCUGCAUCAAACAUGCUGUGUCUUUCUUAAACCUGCAAUCAGUCUAAAUUUGUCAAAGUUAUUGGUUGGUUUAAUCAUUGAUUGACUUCAAACCUAACUGUCGUACUUGCUUGAAAAUACAUAUUCUCUGUUAAAAGCAAAUUCUGACUUAAACUCUCUCUUUUAUAGAGGUAGAAGCCCUGCAGAACAAAAUUUGGAUCUAUUUUGUGUGUGGUACAUUCCGUCUUAAAGGUAGUGCAAAGUAAGUUCUUUUUUAAAAAAUCCUUAAAAAUAAAAAAGUUUGUUCUCAGCUUUAAGUUACUAUUUAUUCAGAAAUUUGAAACUAAUGUUUCUGAUCUUAGUCCUUUGUUUGUCCAAAUUUUCUGUUGUGUGGUUUCCUAUUGGUUAAAGGGGAGCAAGUAAAGAGCUGUAAAAACCGUGUUUGAGACUAUAUGGGAAAUGUAAUAAGAAAAAAAAACAAAACAAUAAACAAACCAAAAGUGUGUUUUACCUACAUAUUAGAUUUUGUUUUUACAUAAUGCUAAUACACAAUGUGGGAAGAACGUUUUAAAGUAAGCUAUUGCGAGGAGGGUCAGAUGUUUAUGCACCACAGACCAUGCAUCUUCAUAAAAACAUGAAUAGUUUUCUAUACAUCUUAUUGGAUGUAAAUUUCUUUUCAUCCUUAUUCCUCUUCCUCUCUUGUUUUCAUGUUUCCCUCUCAGAUUGAAAGCAGUUUGAAUGGUCGUGGCUUGCAAUUUUAUAGGUAUUUGUUCACAUUAUUAUACAUAUUUGAUUGAUCUUUUGUGAGAUGGCACAGAUACUGGGUGGGCUAAUUGUAUUUCUGUCCACCAAGUUUCAGUAAAUUUUUGCUCUUUACAUGAACCAUAAAGGCAAAUUUAUGGCUUUUUCAUUACUUUUUCUUUUUUUUGAAGUUUUUUCAAUUUGUUCAUACAAUGGCCUGUGCUGUGCUGUUGAAUUUUGUGGUGAGUGGUGGGAAGUUAUUUAAAGGUGAUAAGAAAUACUGUGUUUUUAAUUACCAGCUUGUCUACAAGUCUACAUUCCAAGCUCAUAGUUCAGCUCGCUUGUACAGGGUUUGAUCCAAGAACAGUCUUAGUUUAAAUAAUUGUAAUAUUUUCUGUGAAGAAAACCCUCUGGUGGCAUUAUGGUUUUCAUUUUAUUCUGCCUUGUAUGGGUUUUGCGCUUGUACUAUAGGUGUUAAAACAAUAAAUGUGGGCUUUGGCACAUUUGUCAUUUGAAAGAAACUGCUUUUAAUCAGAUAUCAAGUUGCCAUCUAAUUUUAAAUAAAUGUAUUUUAUUUACAAAACUGCAUGUGUAGGCUCUUUUAGAGGUUUUCAUUUGUGUUAUAGGGUUUCUUCAUGUUAUGCUAUUGAUGUUAUUUAGAUGGUAAAUUUUCUGUUUGGUGUGAAGGUUACAGAAUCCUCUUAUGACCGUAUUACUAUUACCACAAUACAUGAAUAAAUGUUUGAAAAUCA